AUGAAAAAAAAUGCAUACCUCAUCCUGGUUUACGGCAUUUACUCCAUUCUCAUGUUUUCUCUGUCCCUAAGAAUGCAAAAAAAUAUAUUCAAGUACAUAACUCCCAUUUCGAAGAGACUGAAUUUAAGCAAGUUUCGGAGAAUCAAAAUUUUCAGGAGAAAUCAGCGCAAGAGGGUGAAUGUCUUCAACGAUGUUGUGAAUAAGUACAUAGGACUGGACAUGUUCUUCAGAAAGCUGAACGACGUAACGGACACCCGGCAAAAGUUGAACUACAUAAACUUCCUUCACAGAAUUGUGGAGGACAAAACAUGUGAGCACCUGCUCUUCUCCAAUAAUCACAUAAGAACAAUUAUAUACCUACUAAAUGAGAGAUUUCUAAUUCUAAAAAAAAAUGAAGACAAAAAUGAACAAGUAGAUUACCAGAUCAUAUACAAACUUUUACUCAUAUUUAACAAUUUGUCACAGCAUAAAAAUUUUUAUCGAAUUAUUGUAAACGACUUUACACAUAAAAAUGAGAAAAUUUCUCUUCUGUAUAUUAUUAUGAAUAUUCUUAAUGAAAAGGAACAGACAAAUGAGACAUAUAAAGAAGCCAACUCUUUUUUUAGUUACUUCAUAUCCCUUUUUAAAAAUAACUCAGAUGGAACCAAGAGUCAGGAUGUGGAAGACACCUCUGAAGGGGGAGCAGAGGCCAAGGGGGAAAAAGAGAAAAAUCAAAUCAAGAAAGAAGAUAUAGAAGAAAUGAAAAAUAAAAUAGUUUUCCUAGGGAAAAAUAUACUGCUAAAAUUGAAGGAGGAAAAAAUGAAAGAAGAGGAAAUGUCCAGAAGAUAUGGCAUAACUGAUCAUGGAGAAAUGCUUACCAGUGUGCCAUACGUACCAGAAAAUUUCCCUGCACAGGAUGCCGAUCACACAUCGGAAAAAAAUCGGAAAGGAUAUGCCAACAAUGUACAUGACGGUGUAAAUUCACACUUUGACCAAAACAAAGAAGAGAACAAAAUGGAGAGCUCUAAAACGGCCAGUGUGGCGGGGGCCAUAGCUGGCCAGGGUGAUCCCCAUAAGAAGGGUAACUCAUUUGUGCACAGCGAUAGCUACGAUGCGGGGGACAACUCCCAUCCGAGGGAUAUGGAAAACGAUGAGGUAAACGGAGAACAGGCGAUAGGGGCCUCCACCGAUAACGUACUCUUCGUCCCCUUCUACUUCAACAAAAACGCAAAGGACAAUAUUCUAACCAGCGUGCUGGUGCAGUUUCAAAACGAGAAUAAUGUCAUUGUAUAUAAGAGGAAGACACGUGCGGGAAAUCAAGACCAAGCAGGAGAACAACCCUCCGUGGAGAAACUCAGAAAAAAAAACAUUAUAAACGGCCCAAACAGCCUGAACAAUGUAAGCAACACGAUAGAAUGGAUAGGAGAAGAAUACAACUGCAACAACUAUUUCGAUAUUUACGAAAAUUACGCAGAAGACGAUGUGGACAUAUUGAAAUAUGAGAAGAACAAAAACGGGAAGAGGCUCCACAUCAGGGAGGGAAGAAGUGAUAGGGAUGCAGGAGGUGAAGACAAAGCGAAUGCCGUGGAUGAUGUACAUGAAGAGGGGCGAGAAGUGGAAGGCGAAGACCAACGAGAAGAAGACGUCCAUGAGGAAGGAGAACAUCAGGAAGCACUAGAAGAAGAGGAUGAAGAGCUAGAACAACAAAGCGACUAUGAGGAAGAUUUACAAAAUGAUAAACAAGAAGAGAAGGAGGAAGACGAAAGUAAUUUGGACCAACAUAAAGUGAACGUCGUUUUGAAUGACUAUAAUGUGGAUAUUAAAGAUGUUGAAAUUAACCCACAGGCUAAGGUCAAUGGGGGCUCAGAAAAUAAAACCCGCUUCCUAAAUAUGGGCUUACUAGUACUUAUAAAGAAAAUUGAAAACGGGAAAGAGGACCGAUGGGUGAACCUCAAUACGGGGGGGGAUCCAAUGGGAAGGGGAAUAUAUGAGUCUUCCGAAAUGGAGCCUAGUGGCCGCUCUUCGUACACUGGGCAUGUUGCAGGGGAUACCCCAUAUGGGGGAAACACACCAACAGAGCAGAUGGAGCAGACGUACAUAAACAGCGCAGAUUUGAAGCAGACGUUUUACGGAACAGGAGAACCGCAAAGGGAGGUGGCACCCAUGGAGGAGUACGAAAAAAUAUACGUGAAACGUACUGAAGGGGGAGGGGAUGCACCAAAACAGGACAAAUACAUCCUCACCGGGUUCAUACAGCUAAACCUAGAUUUGUUGAAAAAUUUCAAAGUGAACAGUGAAGAGAAGGAUGCAAGGAGAAGCAAUUCCCUUCAUUUGGCCAGCCCUUAUCUGAAUUUCUCCCUAGUGGAAAAUUACAUCGAGUCAUUAUUCAAACACAUUGACCUGAACGACUACUUCACAAACAAGCUACUAAAACUACUUUAUGAAAUUUUAUCUGAAAAUAAAAACUCGGUGGUGUACAAUUUGUACUACCACACAAUUAUGAAGAAGGACAACAUGAAUAAGAUUAUAAGAAUAUUGUCUAGAAAUGUACAAAAUAAUUUAAAUCGAGCAAAUAUCACUCUCAUCCUGAGGAUCCUCUACAUCCUAUCCUUUCAUCAAGCCUUCUACAGAAAUGGAUUAAACAGCUUAAGGAAAAACAAAAAUUACACACUUCUGUAUGGAAAUGUGGCAAAAUAUAUGGAAGACAUAAAGGCAGGAAGCUUUAUUAAGGAAUUGCAAAAGUGGGAUAAACUGAUUGAGUGCUUAAAAACGUUAACUCUCUUUUUCGAAUGUAAGUACACAAAUCAGAACUCGCUUUACAUAUCUGAUGAGAAGAAGGAGCAGUUUCUCUUGGAUAAUAAGAUUUUUAAAAAAAAAUUAAACAAUAUUUAUAAUAGGCAUUUUAUUUGCGAAUAUAAAGAUCUUAUUAUCAUUCGAAAAACGAACAUUUUGCUAAAGGCCCUGGGGGUGAAUAUGUUCGAUCUGUACAAUGAUAUCGUUUGUUCAGACAGGGAAAAGAAGCCCCAUGAUUAUUUGAUGAAGGAAAGUGAGCAACGAAGGGGACUUUUCCAUCAUGUGGGGAAUGCCCUUUGGGGAUAUUUUGCAAAAGCGAGGAGGUACAUGCAGAGGCAGACCCUGGACGAUUGUCUCCCCAUGGAGGAUUCCAGGAGGGCUGGCCCCAUCCUUGGUGAGAGCAGCGGUGUGAGUUCCCUCCCUGCGGAAGCACAAACGAAGGCAGAGGGCACACACACACAGAACGGAAGCGCACCCACUAAAGAUACACCGGAACAAAAAAGUAUAAAGAAGCGAACAUAUAUAUAUGACCUGAACAGCAAGGAACACAUAAGUAUGGACAAAUUUCGAAACCUAGUAAUCGAAUUGAAAAAAAAAAAAAAAAGAAAAUUGAGAAUCUUAUGUUUGGAUGGAGGAGGAAUGCGAGGAUUACUCUCCAUAGAAAUAUUAAAAUGUAUAAAUAGCCAUUUGAAAAAAAACAUUUUUGAAUACUUCGACAUCAUCUGUGGUACAAGCACAGGCGCCAUCAUAUCCAUUCUGAUCGGCCUGGAAAAGGCACACUUAAAUGAAGUCGAAUUUUUGUAUAAUCUGUUGAUUAACAAAAUUUUUCAAAAGGACACGUAUGCAGUGAGGAAUACGAGAUACUUGUUUAAGCAUUCUUACUAUGAUGCAAAUAUAUUGAGUAACAUUUUAAAUUCCUUUUUUAAAAAUAUGAGAAUGUUUCAUUACAAUGCGGACUUUUUCACUCCAUACGUAUUUACCGUAUCGACUCAAAUGAAUGUCACUCCUCUGCAACCUGUGAUAUUAAAAAAUUACACUGCCAACCUGGUCAAAAUUAAAGGUGCUAAAAAGGCAGAUGUGCGUGACGCUGUUACAUCAACCAAUUAUGAUUAUAUCGGGGAGCGGGAAGAGGAGAAUGGUAAGGAAGACGAAAGGUGGGCAAGUGUGCACAGCAAUGAGGCAUCGGACGACCAGCAAAACGAUGGGAAGGAUGCAAAUCAUGCUAUGCACGUGAGAAGUGCGAACGGUGCGAUGGAGGGGAAUGACGCCAAGGUUGAGGAAGACGUAAACCUUUCCGACAAGACAAACCCUCACACAAGUGACAUCUACGUUAACCAAAAUAUAAAUAGCGUGAGUAUUUAUAAAAGCUUUUACAACAUUUUUGUCAAGUACGUAUUGAGGUGCACCACUGCCGCGCCAGGAUUUUUUAAUUUCUUCUCCUUCGACAGCAACAUAUAUGCGGACGGAGCCAUCUGCUUUAAUAACCCUACCCUCGUAAGCCUCAACGAAAUGAAAUUAAUUUUUUACAACUACCUGCACAGUCGGAAGAGUACCCUAAUGGACAAGGUAAAACGCUUUCUCUUCCAAAAAAAAGAAUUGGUGGAGGAAAAAAAUAAGGCAAUCAAUUUGAAUGAUUACAUUGACUGCAUCGUAAGCGUGGGCACUGGAAAAUUUAAACCAAAAAAUAUAAACGAACUGAACGGAAAUAAAACGUAUGACACAUUCCUGCGGUGGGAUGUACUCUUAAAACAAAUUGUGUAUUCAAUCACCAACACGGAAUUGACACACGACAUCUGCAAUAACGUACUCGAUAGAAAUAAAUAUUUCCGAUUCAACUGCUUCAUUAAUAAUAUCAAGUUGGACGAAACGUCCCCUGAAAUUAUUAACAAGUUGAAGCAAAUAGGAAAACGCUACUUCGAAGAUCAUGCUUAUAAUCAAAAGAAGCUCAUCCAGUUGGUUGACAUUUUGGAGGACAGCCGAGAUGUGAAGGAGUAUCAACAGAGACAAAAGAAGAUAUGGGGAGAAUCCUACCUUGAUAGACUGAAAUGCAAAAUUUCUGGCUUCCUUUUCCCUAAUUGGAGAGCAGUGGACCAGGUUGCAACAUCACAUCAGGGUGGCAGUGCGGAACAAAAGGGGGGACAACUGCCCCCUUCAUCUCACCCACUCAACGCAGAGAAGACAGGCGCACAAGCCAAUACGCAAACGAGUACACAAUCUAACACACGAAGCUCUGCCCCGUAUCGAAACUUCAAUUUUGGCCUCGUGGACGAAGACGAAAAAUUUGACCUAAACAACAUUGAAGAAAUUCUAGACAUUAUAAACAAAAGUAACAACUCGGGUAGCAGUACAAGCACAAGCACCUCUAACGGGUUCUUCAACUACUUCACCAACCUCUUCCAAAACAAUAAUAAAUUUCUCAAGAAGCUAGAGAGUGUACACAAAAAUAAUUUCUUUAGUAGAUCCAAGAGGGAAAAAAACGACUACGUUAAUGUCGUACCACUUACAGGCAUUCGAGUUUUACUAAACGAAAUAUAUUUUAUCCUUUUGAAAAAAAACUUAUACUUUCACACUGAUGUGUCCAUCUCUGAUGUUGAAGAAAUGAGUAAAAAAAAUUACGACAUCAAUAUUGAUAAAAUGAUUCCAUACAAUGUGGCUAGCUCCCAAGGGGAAAAGGGAAUCGAUGAUAAUCCUAACGCCCCUGGGGGAAAGAACCAAAUACCGUAUGGAAACGCCUCAUCAGAUGAUUCCCCCCCCAAUGAUGAAAUUUCAAAAAAUGAAAACCAUACAAAUGCCAAUUCGAACGAUGCAAAGAGAAAAAAAAGUGUGAACUCAUCUAAGGACCCCCCAUCUGAUGAAGAUCUAGACGAAGAUAAUCAUCCACAUAACCCUAAAGGACCAUCCAGUGGUCCACAACCGAAAAAAAAUAAUGACUUUCAAAAUUCAUCAUUCAAUAGAAAUCACACAAGUUAUGAACCAGGAGGAAGUUACUACCAGUCUGAAGAUACACAAAAAGACGAUCCUUUACGCGAGACACUUGUAAGGGACGAAAAAAUAAACACGUCCGAUAUGGUAGACAAUUCAGCCAUAAAUAAAAAAAAAAUUCUCAACAGGGAUGUAAAUAUGAACCACGUAAACUACAAGUUUUUUAAAUCCAUGAGCACGGAAGCAACUGAUGGGAAGAAGCAAAAUAUAAUAGAGUUGUUGCGAAAUGUAUUUUUUAAACGGGAAGCUUAA